CCGUGGUGGUGGUGGUAGUGGUGGUGGUGCAAUCAUGUCGGAUCUGGGCUCUGAGGAAUUAGAGGAAGAAAGGGAGAAUUAUCUUGGGGAAUAUGAAGGAGAGCGCAAUGAGGCAGGCGAACGACAUGGAAAAGGGAAAGCAAUGUUGCCCAAUGGGGAUGUAUAUGAUGGACUAUAUGAAUUUGGUAAAAGACAUGGUCAGGGAACCUAUAGAUUUAAGAGUGGUGCUCGAUACAUUGGAGAAUAUCAACAAAAUAAAAAACACGGUCAAGGCUUGUUUAUCUAUCCAGAUGGAUCAAAAUAUGAAGGAAAUUGGGUGGAUGACCAAAGGCAUGGCCAUGGAGUUUAUUACUACCCAAAUAAUGAUACAUACACUGGAGAAUGGUUUGCUCACCAAAGGCAAGGGCAAGGCACAUAUCUCUAUGCUGAGACUGGCACUAAAUAUGUUGGUACUUGGUUAAAUGGACAACAGGAGGGAGCAGGAGAAUUCAUUCAUCUCAACCAUAGAUACCAGGGCAAGUUCGUAAAUAAAAUUCCACUAGGCCCUGGAAAAUAUAUUUUUGAUAUUGGAUGUGAACAGCAUGGUGAAUAUAAACUUACAGAUAUGGAAAGAGUAGAAGAGGAAGAAGAAGAGGAAGCUUCAACUGCUCUUCCAAAAUGGAAAGCUAAAAGCAUUACCCCAUUAGAACUCUGGAAGCCAACUCCUGUUGAAGAACCCCCACAACUUGAUAUGCCACCACUACCAGAAGAGGCACAUACUUUGUCAGAAGUAGGUGAAACAGCUGAAGAUACGCAACCUCUUACUGAUUAUUCGGAAACAGAUGACCUUGAAACACUAAUAAAACAAGGAGAAGAAGUCGAAGAAACAAGGGCUGAAAGCAGAGAAGAAAUAAUAAAUGAGGAGGAGGAAGAGGAAGGAAGAUAAUCAGCAUCACCAGAUUAAAAUAGCAGACCAACAGAAAAAGAAAGCAUAUAUUGGACCUAUAUAGCAAUUGCAUUUUAUCUAGUUUGCAAAAUUGGUUUAAAUAGUCUAAUAAACAGUUUAAUGAUCA